GGGCGGGGCCCAGUGACGUCAGUGCGGAGUGCGUGCAGCUGUGUUAUCAAAACAAAGAAGCAGAGCGGCCAUUAAAGCUGAAAGCGCUUUGAAAAGCGAGAGAACGUUUUUGGGCAUUUUGAACAUUAGCUUCUCAACGCUCAGUAGCUUUCUCUGAACAUUCGAAAACUUUCGAAAUGAAAGACCCCAGCCGAAGCAGCACUACUCCUAGCAUCAUUGGUGAUGAAGUGAUAAUUAAUGGACAGGGCCAUGAAGAGGACAAUCCUUUUGCUGAAUACAUGUGGAUGGAGAAUGAGGAAGAAUUUAACAGACAGAUUGAGGAAGAGCUAUGGGAGGAAGAAUUUAUCGAACGUUGUUUUCAAGAGAUGUUAGAAGAGGAAGAGGAGCAUGAAUGGUUCAUUCCAGCUCGGGAUUUGCCACAAACCAUUAACCAGCUUCAGGACCAGCUAAAUGGAUUAGUUAUUGGUGAUGGAAAUAUGUUGGAUGAUCUUGUGGUAAACAGUAAUUUGAACCCAAAUGCUAAAGAGUUUGUCCCUGGUGUUAAGUACUGAUUUGGAACAUGGGCCUCUCUUGGUGGAUGUAGCACAACCUCCACACUGUGAAGCCAGUAUUAGAACAUCAAUUGUGAAAGCUUCUCUUUGUCACUGUGUUACACUUAAUGCAUUGCCAAAGUUUUCUGUUAGUCCUGCAUGCUUAAUUCAAGUGCUGAGACUGUUAUCAAAAAGCUUUUAUUAGCUAUAUUUCUGAUUAUUUGGGGUAUUAAGAGGCACCGUUCUUUGAGUGGUACUUGUGCAACCUGUAUGACAUUUAAUUUACCUUGAUGGUAGACCUUUCAGUUCAGUUUUUUGCUACUGGGUAUCUCAGUCAUCUGAAUAAUAAAUACAUUUACACAAGGGAGGGAGGCAAGGGUUGGGAGAAGGGCAGUUUCUUGAUUUUCUGUUUUUGUUUAGAGAUGAUAAACACAAUUUAUUUAAAAUGCACACAGUUGGAGUAAAUCUUGUAUUUUAUUUUAUUUUGUUUUGAAUAUUACAAGGAGAAAUAUUAGCUUAAGUAUUCCUCUUUUUAAUUUUUUAAUUUGAUAAUCUCUUAUGCCACUCUGGACUACUUUGCCUGCAUCAAGUGAACAAUUGGCAUUUUUGUAGCUUACAUACAUCUCCAAAAUAUCAAAUUUCAUAUUUUUGAAAGAUCAAGUCUGUUACAGUAAAGCUGUACACUGCCUGUACUGAUUUUCAAUUACCUGUUACAUUCUAUAGUUUGCUGUAAAUUGUCUCCAUAACAUCAAUAGUAAAGUUGAAACUGAACUCUGCAGUUGGUAGGGUUUUUAGUUGUAUCAUCAGUUUAAAUCUGAAGACCUACAGUCAAAAAUACCCUUUUUAAUUAGGGAGAAGAGUGCAGGUGGUGGUAGGGACAGUACUGUACAUAAAAUGUGCUGAACUGUGACCAUGUAAUGGAUCAAAAUUAGAUCGUUACACAUCGUAAGUGUUAAUGCAGAGAUGAUGUGGUGAUAUAGUAACAUUCUUUCCUGUCAGUUUCACUUGAAUGGUGCCUCUCUUAAACACUACUUGUAAGUCUGCAGCACAGCAAAAAUGUUUAUUUUUGUUUUGUUUUUUGUUUUUCCUCUUCAUCUAUUUCAGAUUUUGGUAGUUUAUACUGCCACAUAUGUUGAAUGUGAAUAGUGUUAAAGUUUAAAAAAAAAAAAC